AUGCCUCAAAGCAUGGAAUCUUUGAGCCUAGAGGCUGUCACAAAAGAGCUUCCUGAAAUCCAGCAGCUGGACCAUGAGGAUGUCAAGCAAAAUGAAGCACGCUUAACCGGUAGAUUGGUCAGAUCGAACAUCGGAAAUGCGAAACUCGGCGGGUUGGAGAAAGAUUUGGAUUUGACCCAAUCGGAAUAUCAGUGGUCUUUAUCCAUCUUCUACUUUGGGUACGUUAUUUUCGACUUGCCGUCGAAUAUUAUUAUGCGACGCUGGCGUCCAUCUUACUGGUUCGGUAUACUGAUGUGUGCAUGGGGUGCAGUAGCCACUGCAAUGGCCGCAUGCCGUAACUUUACUGGUCUUGCAAUUGCCCGGUUUUUGCUUGGCACUUUUGAAGCCGGCUUCUUUCCUGGUGUCAUUUAUUUCAUGUCACUUUGGUAUACUCGUAAGGAAUACGCACGUCGUGUAGGCUUUUUUUGGUCCUUUGGUUCCCUCGCAGGUGCCUUUGGUGGCUUGAUUGCUUACGGUAUCAGUCAAAUUCCCACGCAUACCGUUGCAACCUGGCAGUGGCUUUUUAUCAUUGAAGGCGCUCCUUCCGUUUUGUUGUCUGUUUUGGCGGCAUGGUACUUGCCAAACAAACCGGAAGAAGCCAAAUUUUUGACCGACGAAGAAAGAAAGUUUGCUGUUCGACGUUUGGCAGAAGAUGCUGGUGUGGCGAAUGACCAUUCAUGGUCAUGGAAACAGGUCGCUUCCGUAUUUAGUGAUUGGAAAACCUACGUCUAUAUGGCUAUUUACAUUCUGGGAUCCAUCGCGGUUCAAGGCGUCACGUUGUUUCUUCCUUCCAUCAUUGCUGGUAUGGGAGAGUGGUCACUUCCAGUCGCCCAAGCUUUGACCACCCCUCCCUAUGUCCUGGCUUUUGUAUCUGUCAUCGCCAUCGGUUACAGCUCUGACAAAUUCUUUGAAAGAGCUCUUCACUUGGUUGCCGUCAAUCUAGUGUCAUUUGCAGGGUUUACGAUUUUAAUGUUUGUGUCCUAUGACAAUGUUGUAGCCCAUUAUGCGGGAGCGUGUCUCGUCACCAUGGCCGUUUACAGCAAUGUCACUGUAAAGGUGGCAUGGUUCAACAAUAAUUUUGGCGGAUUGACACGACGAGCCGUAGCUUCUGCAGCCAUUGUUGCUGUGGGUACCAUUGGUGGAGCUAUUGGUGGGCAGAUUUAUUUUGAUCCUCCUCAUUACUUUGCGGGAAGUAUGAUUGCAUUUGCUUGCAUGGUAGCCCAAACUAUAUUGGUCAUCGGUUUACGUAUUACUCUUGCCCGUGAGAAUAAACGCCGGGACCAACUGUCCCCCGAAGCCAAGGAGCAAGAAAUUUUCGCAUAUGGCGGUGUAGACCUGGCCGGUGAUCGCCACCCAGAUUACCGCUAUGUGCUAUAG